CACCAACGUGGUGAUGAAUUAUUCAGAGAUAGAGUCUAAGGUUCGAGAGGCGACCAACGAUGACCCCUGGGGACCUUCUGGGCAGCUCAUGGGAGACAUCGCCAAGGCAACGUUCAUGUACGAGCAAUUCCCGGAGCUGAUGAACAUGUUGUGGACAAGGAUGCUGAAAGACAACAAGAAGAAUUGGCGCAGAGUUUACAAGUCCUUGCUGCUGCUGGCAUACCUCAUACGGAACGGAUCAGAGCGGGUCGUCACAAGCGCCAGAGAGCACAUUUAUGACUUGCGAUCCUUGGAAAAUUACCACUUUGUAGAUGAAAGCGGUAAAGACCAAGGCGUCAACAUCCGGCAGAAGGUGAAGGAAAUGGUGGAGUUUGUCCAAGACGAUGACCGGCUUCGGGAGGAACGCAAGAAAGCCAAGAAGAACAAAGACAAAUACGUUGGCGUAUCUUCAGAGAGCGCAGGGGGGUUCAGAUACAGUGACCGAUAUGACCCAGAGCCUAGAUCUAAAUGGGACGAGGACUGGGAUAAGAGUAAGACAGGCUUCCCAUUCAGCGACAAGCUGGGGGAGCUGAGCGAUAAAAUCGGGAGCACCAUAGAUGACACAAUCAACAAGUUCCGGAGGAAAGACAGAGAGGACUCCCCUGAACGGGGCAGUGACAGCGAAGAAGAAAGGAAAGCGAACCGUGGUAAACAGUCAGAGUUCAAAGAUGAAGAAGAGACGGUCACCACCAAGCACAUCCAUAUCACUCAGGCCACAGAGACCACCACUACCCGCCACAAACGUACAGGGAACCCAUCCAAAACCAUUGAUCUAGGAGCAGCUGCACACUACACUGGAGACAAAGACAAUCCAGAGCUCACAUCAGCUUCCAGCCAGACCCCCACAGCCAAGGUCUAGUUCAUCUUCAGAUCCAUUUGAUGAAUUUGCUGAUUUUAAUUCACAUACUGCUCAGUCUUCCAUCUUCACUGCUACACAAGCUCCUGCAGCAACUGGUAAUGGAGAGUUUGGAGACUGGGCAGCCUUCAACCAACCAGCACCCAUCUCCGCAAUGCCUUCAGCGGAAUUGUUUGGGGGAUCACAACAUAGUACAGAAUUAUUUGCUAGCUCUUCUCCUCAGACCGCCCAAGCUCCUUCCAACCCUCCAGACCUCUUUGACCUCAUGGGAGCCUCGCAUACCACAAUGAGCACAUCCCAGAGCAUGAACCUAUCAAUGAUGAGCUCCAGCACAGUGGGCGUGACGCUGCCCAUGUCAAGAUCACAACCCCUCCAGAAACAGAACACACUUCCCACAUCUGGGGCAGACCUCAAAACUCCUGGAAAAUCUUUGCCAUCCACUUGGUCUGAUCCUAGCGUCAACAUCUCCCUUGAUAGCCUGAUACCGGGUAUGCAGCCCUGUAAACCAGCUCAACCCUCUCUCAAUGCAAUGAUGCAACAGCAAAAUCUACAACAGACGAUGCUGCCACAGAGUUUUGCAAGUAUGAACAUUAGUGGAAGCCCAGGCAUGAUGUCCAUUCGACCUCAAACUAGCCCAAUGAUGGCUGGCCCAAUGCCAGGAACUAUGGGAAUCCCAAACAUGAUGACCGGCACCAUGGGGAUGUCUGCUGUAGGAAUCCCUCCAAUGAUGAACCAAGGCAUGAUGGGAAUGCCCAACCCCAUGGGGAUGUCUGUGGGAUUGGCACCCGUAGCUAUGCCUCCCAAGCAAGAUGCCUUUGCAAACUUUGCCAACUUCAGCAAAUAA